UAGUCAAUGACAUGGCCGGACCAUCAACUAUUCUUGCUGAUCCCACUGUCCCAGAAUGGAAGCGAAUCAUGAAUGCUUCAAGUGCAGCAACACUGUUCAGAAGAGUUAUCUUGAGGGAGCAACAGCUGGAGAUACCUCUUCGCUUCUCAAUGGACCUACAUUCAGAUGUUGAAGAGAGAGAAAAGGCAGUAAUCGCAUUCUACAAGACUCAGAGAACUAAAUGGGCCUCCCCACUUCAUUGUGUGCUGGAGGGUGAUGCUGCCAUCGGUGAUGGUGUAAGUCGGUACUUCAUCAGCUUUGCUAUGCAGACUUUGCAGUCUGGAUUCCACAUCAAUUUUGGCAAUGCUGAUGUGACUAGGCUGUUUGAGGGACAGAAGGAUCACCUCAUCCCAUGUGCCUCCCAGCCACUCAUUGAUUCUGACCUUUUUCUGAUGGCAGGUAGAAUGGUGGGACAUUCAUUUAUACAUGGUGGCCCGGGAUUGCCAGGGAUCAGUCCUGCUGUUGUCCACGUGCUCUUAGGUGGCCAAUUGGAGACAGCGACAUUGGUAUUGGAAGAUUGCCCUGAUAUCGAUCAAAGGAACACAAUCCAGUUGCUGGAUGGCAACAGGGAGCUAUCUGAGGACCAGAAAGUGGCUGUCAAUAGCCUAACCGAAAUGUGGGAAUUGCCACGACUGACUAAUCUGAACAGACAAUAUCUUCAUCAGAGGCUGUUGCAGCAUGCGAUUCUGGGAAGAACCGCUUCUCAGAUCAAACAGAUGAGAAAGGGCUUAAAAGAAACGGGAGUGUGGUCAAUACUGUCAGAAAGAAGAGAUGUGGCUGAAGUUGUCUUCCCUUGUGAAAAAGAAGUUAUCUGCAGCCCCCAGGUCAUGAUUGAUCACAUCAUCUGGCCAACAAGUGAGGUUGUUGAGGACGACGACGAGGAAUUUCCACUUGAGACAAGAGCCAAAAUUGGAAUGUACCUUCGACAUUUCAUUGAAACGGCACCAGCAGCAUCUCGGUUGAACCUACUCAAGUUUUGGACUGGAUGGGAAGUUCUCUCUGGGAAGCUGAAGCUGGAGGUGGUACGUGGGGAGUUCCCAAAAUCCUCGACUUGUUACCAGAGCCUACGCAUCCCUGGGCACUUCUCAACUUAUGAGGAACUUAAACAAGCACUUGAAGCAUCUAUAGGGACAUCCGAUACUGGAUUUGGACUGAUAUAAUGCAGCUCCAUGCAAUACAUGUGUGAAACAUGUCAGUUCUCAAUUUCCUUUAUUCACAUUUCAUUUAUUUUAGGCCAGCGUAUAUUUAACAAUGUUGAAGUAAAGAAAAAAAAUGGCAUCUUUACAGGCCGUGGAGUUGUAGCAUAAUGUAAUGUUGUCAUAAUGGUGUUUUAAAAACAGAAAUUGCAAAGUGCAUGUUCGGUAAGUGUUUAUUCACAGUAUUCCCUUUGUGUCCAGUAUUCAUUCAGGAUUACAUUUACAAUGUUUAAACAAAAUAUUUUAAGAGAAUGUUCACAACCUGUUGUACUGUUCAACAAUCAUUAGUACUUGGUAGUGUACAGUAAAAACAAUUUUGAAGUUUUGAUGUUGCAUUUAAAGUAGCAUUGCUGCACAUACAAAUCUUAUUUCUCCAGCUUUGUCACAAAUGUGUUCAUGUGCAAUGUUAAUCUAAAUUGACAUUUUCUGUUAAUGAAAAAUAAAAUAAUUUUCAAAAGAA